GUCCUAACAUAAUUACUUAACCAAGCUUUAAUCUUUGCAUUACUCACAUACUUAAUUACUAUACACACCACCUUUUCUUAGAGUAGCCAAUCCAACAACGUUCAAGAUGGAAAGGAAAUCUGUUGUGCUUUUUAUGGUGUUGCUCAUCUUCUUUGCUUCUCAUGGUAUGGUGCAACAAGCUGAUGCAAGAAUGUGCGAGUCACAGAGUCAUCAUUUUAAGGGGAUGUGUUUUAUCGAUCACAACUGCGCUACCGUUUGCAGAACUGAAGGUUUCUCCGGUGGCAUCUGCGUUGGUUUACGCGGCCGCUGUUUCUGCACUAGACAAUGCACGUAGUAGUCUGCUUGCUUUGUUUCCGAUGUUCCUUUGUUUUUCUUGUUGUUUGUUUAAGCAUCAAAAUGCAAGGUCAUUUUUUUUUAUUAUGGGGUGAAGUUGUAGUGGUUGCUAUAACUUUGUUUUGGAAUCGAAUAUCAAGCAUUGUCGUUAGUGUUUAAUUUCAACUUCCAAAUCUUGAAAAUUUAUCAUAUGUUUUGUUGGUACAUUUUUUUUUUAAAUUUAU